AUGCCUGUCGACACGCUCAGCCUCGAGGGCAAAGUUGCCAUCGUGACCGGCUCGGGUCGCGAGAACGGCAUCGGCGCCGGCGUCGCCCUCGCCCUCGCCCGCAACGGAGCCUCCGUCGUGGUACACUACGUUUCCGACUCUGUAGCGGACCGCGCCGCCAAGGUGUGCGACAUGCUCCGCCAGGCCGGCGGGCAGGCCAUUGUCGUGCAGGCCGCCGUUGAUACGCUCGACGGAGCCCGGCUCCUCGUCGCCAAGACUCUCGAGGGCUUCAAGACGGAUAGGAUUGACAUUCUCGUCAACAAUGCUGGUGUCGGCUUCCUCACCCCCAUCACCCAGGAGCCGAACCCGGAGGAACUGGCCAGGAUGAUGAGCGUCAACGUCCUCGGCCCCUUCUACAUGGUCAACAGCGUCACGCCCCAUAUGCCCCGAGGCGGACGCAUCAUCAACGUCAGUUCUACUGCCGCCGUCAGGGGUAACCCUGCCAUUUCCAUAUAUGCUGCGUCCAAGGCGGCUUUGGAAAAUCUGACAUGGACUUGGGCUGAAGAGCUCGGUGUGAGCAAGGGAAUCACCGUCAACUCCGUCGCACCCGGUCCUGUAUUUACCGACAUCUAUCCCGAGGGUACGGCGGAGCAGAUGUCGGCUACCGAGAUUUCCUUGACCCGAAUCGAGAAGCGCGCCGGAACGAUUGAGGAUAUCGGCGAUUCUGUGCUCCUCCUGGUCAAUGAGAAGUCGAGGUGGAUCACGGGGCAGAAUGUCGGCGUCAACGGGGGCGUUUCACGAUAG